CCGUUCUAUUGUAAUAGCAUUUCCUUGCUUCUGAUUCGUGCCGCUUUCGAUUGUCAGAUCAUCCUCACUCUGCAUCCCAUACUGGCAAGAUGACUAAAGGGCUGGCUGAUCACGAUGCGGUCAUUGAAAUCGACUUUGGAGCCUCUCUAGACAGAUUACAUCAGAACACCAUGACGCGAUUGACGGACGAUCCGCAUGAUGUCUCCAAACUUGCCCAAGAAUGGGAGUUGUUAAGAGCUAGGAUCUCGUUGAUUGAGGGGGAGGGCCGACUGGCCCCUAAUAUCGUUCAAAAGGCAUACUUGUAUGCGGCCAACGUCGCCGCCGCGGUCAAAGCGGUGAUCGGCUUGGAGAGCAGGACGGAGGAGACUUGCAGGAACUUAGUCCGCAACAUAAGCGGUGUUAUGGAUAGGGCUAAAACAAGCGAUCCUGAACGUGACAACGUCAUUCCUCCGAGUGAUCUCUCCCUUAGCAGUCCGCAAAUACUUGUUGGAGCGCCUCUUCCAGGGACUACCAACGAUCACCUCCGCUUUUGGUUUCUCGACAACCUCGCUUCCCCCUAUCCCACACCAAACGAGAAAGACAACUUAGCGAAUCUCCUCGGCGUCGAUAGAAAGAAAGUCGACUCUGAUUUGACCAAUUGGCGCCGUCGAGCUGGAUGGACGGACAUAAAAGACACAUACUGUGACAAAUCUCGAGUCCUCAUGAAAGAGCUCAUGGAGCGUGUGGAGAGCGGCGAGGAGACGGAUCAGGACAUCCUGGACGCUGUGGAGAACAUGAAAGCAUACCUGGAGCGAAGGGAGGAGGAAAAGGUUGGAGAUUGGGUCCAUGAGCUCGCCAGCCUCGCUCAACCCAGGAAGAGAGUCAAGCAGGCCGACGGCACCAGUCGAGCGGUCUCGUCCAAUUGCAGCACUCUGGACCUGGACCUCGACGAAGUCGAUCACCAUUCCCUUUCCCAACGGCCAUCCAUCAGCUCUCUCAGAGCAGUCGCCGAUACUGUUGGGCGCCGCACCCGGUCCAAGGCAACUCGAAAGGGUAGAGCGACGGACAGUUCGAUCUCCUCGUCGAGCUCCUGGUCGUUGUCCUCUGAGGCUGCUCGUGGGUUCACCUUUGCCCCUUCCGAACGGACCACGUCUGGAGUCAGCGAUAUCUCCAUUGAGCUCCAACAGACUCAUGGCACCAGCACUGAUAAGAAUGGCCCUAACAAGAGGGCUCUUCCAUCCGAUAUGAAUACCGAACAGACUGCUCACCCCGCCAUCCGCAUGAAGACCGACAUGCCUAUCACCCCAUACAACCAGCCGGGCUGGUGUACCCCUCCAUCGUCAUCUCCUAGACUGUUCAUGAACGCCUCUCCGACAGAAUACAACCAGACUCCCAUGUACACCCAGGCCGGCGGCUACUUUGUCCAGCAAAAUCAACAGACGCCAAUCUAUCCUCAACCCGACGGGUUUCUCCCUCCUCCUACCUAUCAAUCGACUAACGAGGGUAGCAGCACUAGCAUCUGGUCCACGUCAAAUGCCCUGCCUAUGUUGCCUCAUAUGAUGACAAACACCGUGAACGGCUUCAUGAUGCCGACUACCUUUGCCUUUCAGCCACAAUUCGGAUGGCAGCCGGCCACAUAGAAAUACGUCCAGUGUAGACACCGCUUACAGUCCUUGAAGCGUAUUAAGAAUUGUCGUUAUACCCUUGUACAUCGUAUCUUGUCCUAGAUACCUCUUGAUUCGUACACUUGAUGUACGCUUGUACUCGCAAUACCCUCAUGAAUGGAUGGUUCACAA